AUGUUGGAAAUAGAUGCUUUUAAAGAUACUGAUAUCGGAAUCAAAGAAACUAUAAUUAAGAGUAAUUAUUCUAAUUUCAAUGAAGAAAAUAUUGAGUAUGAUUCCGAUGAAUUUAGUGAAGAAAAAGCAGAUAUGAAUAUUAAAUUUCCCAUACAUCAUCAUCGUCAGUUAGCGCUACAACGUGGGAUGGAUUUUCCCAUUACCAAUAUAAAACUUAAGGAAAAUCAAUUUCAAGAUAUAUACAUAGAAAAAACUAUGGAAUUUCAAAGAAAUAUUAAAAAAAUUAUUCAUCCACGAAAUGAUAAAAGUUCUAUAAACACUAAUAAGAAGGAAUGUCGAGAAAUACUAAGAUGUUUUCCACAAAAAAUUUAUAAGAAAAAUAAAGAAACUAAGUUUCCGUUAAUAGAUGUUAAAAAAUUUACGGAUUCUAAAGAGAACGAAGUAAAUAUUAUUACAUUUCCAUUAAAACUUACUACUAUAUUAGAACCAUAUAGAGUGCAUAAAAUACGUUUCCCUUGCAGUUCUUUUGGAUUCGAUGUUAAAAACAAAAAUUUAGAUCUGAAGCCAGCAGCCAUUAAAAAUGUAUAUGAAUCAAAAAUAAUGGAUCUUGCAAUUACCACGAAAAUUCAAAAAUUGCCUAUACUUUAUGUGCGAUUUCCAAUAGACUUUAAUCAUAAAUAUGAUGUUAUUUGUGGUGAUGUGUUUGCUUUGCCAAAUGAAAAUAAAAAAAAUUCCACUGACAAACAGAAAACUAUGAAAACAAUAUCACCAACAAUGACGCAGUCGGAAAAUUUCUAUAGAAGAAAUAUUCAUCUAGGGAAAAUUCAAGUUCAACAGAAUGAGCAAGUUCAAGAAGAAAAUUUUUUAAAUUUGAGCACACGAGCUGAGCAAAAAAGUAAUAAUAGCUGCGUUCGAGAAGAACAAGAGCAACAACAACAAUAUGAAAAGACCAAUGAUGACGUCAAAUUGUUAGCAACAAAUUUAAUAAAUAUUACUAAAAAUAUGAAAAGAUGUAGCGAUGAGCAACAACUGGCCCAGAGUGAGAGCAGUGAUUUGCUCUUUCAACAAGUUAUUAAUGAUGAAGAUGAAACGUUUGCAAAAACAACAACUAAGACUAAAACUAAAACUAAAACACCCGCAAUGAGUAAAAAUCUAGCACAUUUAGAUAUAAUUUAUAAAAAUAUGAGCCAUCAAAUAGCUAACUCUUCGAAUGAUACGCUCAAUGCUAUAGCCACCUUAGACGUAUUGAUCGACCACCAGCAAAUAUGCUCAGAUGUGCGCGAUACGUCUUUGCUAGUAGAGGUACCAGUUGCUGUAGGUACUGCGUCGGAAACAUAUCCAUCAAUACGUUUAGUACUAGCGCAGGCCAUAUCGCAUGAGAACUCAUUACACAAAGCAUCGAUUUUAGAAAAAACAGAAUCAUCAGCGGCAGAAGUGACCAAGAAUGUUUCAGAUUGUGCUACAACUGAAAAAUUGACUAAAGAAAUUCAAGGUCUUGGAAAAAAUAUAGAUGAAUCACGACAAACGGAAGUGAUUAAUGAAAAGUGCGUGAAAAGUGAAAAAACUGACAUGACCAUUACGAAAUCAAUUAGCGUAGAAAGUGAGGAAGAAUACAUAACUGAAUCAUUAACGAGUUCCGGUAUUGGUGCGGAAGAACUUAGUGAAGUCGAAGUUAAUGAAAUGAAGUACGAAAUGAAAAGUGCUGGAAGUGCUACGACUCAAGGUCGUUCGAGCUAUAAAAGUGAUGUUCCAUCAUCUUUAACUGUACGUAGUAAAACACCGAAUAGUGGUUUAAGCGAUACAAAGAACAUAAAUAACGAUUACAGUAGUUCUCGAUUAAAAAAUGAAAUUGUAACACCAACACAAACGCGUCUGAAUACUUCUAUAGGUUUUAACAGCAAUCGCGUUAAAAUUGAUCCAAAAAACCCGGAAUCCGUGCGUACAGGUACUAAUGUCGGUUACAGUAGUAAUGCCGGUGUGAAAAGUGAGCCUAUUACACAUAAUGUAACUACUGGUACCACUAAUACUUAUAACAAACAUAAUUCUAAUAUUUUGAGUUCCACUCAUAAUCCACCAAUUACUCCAUACAAUAGCAAAAAUGAUGUAAUUCAAUCAAGUGUUCCACGUCGAAGCAGUGCUAGUGCUGCACCCACAAAGCGUGGAGUUAUAGAUUAUACUGAACUAGGCUUACGUGAUACUACUAAUAAGCGGCAUAGUUCAGGAAUGGACUAUACUAAAGACUUAUCUGAACGUGUUAUACGAGAAACUGCUAACAAAAGGCAUAGUACAGGUAUGGAUUAUACUAAGGACUUGACUGAACUUGGCGUACGUGAAGCUUGUAACAAAAGACAUAGUACAGGCAUUGAUUAUACUAAGGAUUUAACUGAAUUUGGUUUACGUGAUGCUGCUAAUAAGAGAUAUAGUACUGGUAUUGAUUAUACUAAGGAUUUAUCUGAUUUUGGUACAGUAAAAACUCCACGGAAGGAAAGUGAAAUAAAACAUUCCUAUUCGGUUGAUGCUAUGCCAUCGUCGCUAUCAACGAGUACGCGUUUGAGGCGCCAACGCCGUAUGUAUUCACAGGACUCCGCCGACGAUUCCGAAAGUGCACUUGAAAAACUGAAUCGUUUACGUGCGCGUAUAUCGGGUGCAUUAAGUGAAGUAAAAGGAGUACUUAAACAAUAUAGCACUGAAACGGAAGCUGAAUCUGAUAAUACGUUGGAUAAUAAAAACUUAUUGGAGUCAAAAAAAGUUGAUGAUGGACCAGUACAAUUUCGAUUUGUGAAGAAGGUGCGUAGAAGGAGUUUUUUCAAUGAAGCAGAUGAAGAUGCAGUAAAAACUGUGGCAGAAAAUAAUGCAACUGAAACAAAAACUGAAGCGAUGAAUAGUGAAAUUGUUUCAAAUAAAAGUGCUGAAGAAAUCAAACCAAUCAAUAUUAAUGAAGACAGUCAAGAUUCGGAAAGUGAUAAUUUGUUAAAACAAAAUGAUGAGAAUAAUAAUGAAGCUAAAACUGUAAGUGAAAAUGAAAAAUUAGAGAAUAAAAGUGAUGAAUGCUGUAAUAAAAUAAAUAAUAAUCACAUUACAAGUGAAAAUCAAAUUUCAGAACAAAAUUUAACUUCAACCAUAGAUGAAGUUGACAAAGCAGUCUCGGGUAGUGCCAAAAAUGAUUUAAAUGCCCAAAUACAAGGCGAAAGACCUAGCAGUCCAAUUCCUUAUUCUUAG